AUGACGAAUUAUCCAACCAAAUACCUCCUUAUCUUCCUCAUCUUCCAUUCCAUUUUCUUCGGGUUUGGGAUUCGACAAUCUCGAGCUUCCUGCCACCCUACGGAUAGAGAGGCACUCCUUGAUUUCAAAAGAAGAAUCACUUUUGAUCCCUCAAAAUUGCUUGACUCUUGGAUUCCUAGCAAAGAUUGUUGCACAUCAUGGAAUGGAAUCAAAUGCAACCCUUCAACAGGCCGAGUCAUCAAUUUGGAUCGUCGCGGGCUUUAUCCCGAUGACCGGCUCAUAAACACCACAAUGUCUGGAACAUUGUCCCCAUUUCUUGGGAAUCUCUCUUCCCUUGAAUCUCUCAUUCUGUCCGAUCUGAAGAACUUAACGGGCUUCAUCCCAUCUGAAUUAGGCAAGCUUACUAACUUGCGCGAAAUGUACAUCGAAUUAAACAAUCUCGAAGGAUCAAUCCCAAGCACUAUUAAGAGCAUGAGUAAACUAGAAGCCCUAGUUCUUAGCGAUAACCAUCUCACGGGCCCCAUCCCCCAUAAUCUUUUCAAGAAAUUGAAGUCGCUAAAAUACUUGGAUUUCAGCAACAACAAUUUGAGCGGAAGCUUACCUGAGUCCAUAGAAAACCUAUCCAAUCUCACGUCAUUGAUUCUCACAAACAAUCGCCUCAGCGGAAGCAUCCCACCAUCCAUCGGAAACAUGGACUCCCUCACUUCCAUCGAGCUAUCCGACAACAACCUGUCCGGCCCGAUCCCGAACUCUAUUGGCAACCUACGACGAGUUAAUUUCCUGAAUCUCGAAAACAACAAUCUUAGCGGCAACAUCCCCACAACCAUUGGCAACAUGAUCAGACUCGUCUACAUAUACCUAUCAAACAACAACUUAACCGGCAAAAUCCCACCAACCCUAUCAAAACUUGAGAAUCUAUUAUACCUAGAGCUAUCUAGAAACAGGCUUUCCGGCCCAAUCCCACCCCAAUUUGCCAACAUGAGCGGCCUCGGAAGUCUAAUACUAUAUGGAAACGGGCUUUCCGGCCCAAUCUCACCCGAACUCGCCAACAUAAGCGGCCUCGGAAAUAUAUUGCUAUCUAAUAAUAGGCUUUCUGGUCCGAUCCCACCCCAACUCGCCAACUUGAGCGACCUCUCAUUUCUACACCUUUCUGGCAACUCCCUCACAGGGAAGAUUCAGUAG